GAGAAGGGGUGAGGCCCCAGAAGCUACAGCGUUUUAGGGAUUCUGUCCUACAUACUCACAACCGCCAGGUAUCCCAGAACGCCUUCUAGAGGACAUGCCGACACAGAGGGACAACACCAUGUCCCAGCCAUCAGAUCAUUCCCACCAGGUCCGGGUCAAAGCGUAUUUUAAGGGUGACAUCAUGAUUACACAUUUCGAACCCUCUAUAACCUUUGAUGGGCUGUGCAAUGAGGUGCGGGACAUGUGCUCUUUUGAAAACGACCAGCCUUUCACCAUGAAGUGGAUUGAUGAAGAAGGAGAUCCAUGCACAGUUUCCUCUCAGUUGGAACUGGAAGAAGCUUUCCGUCUGUAUGAAUUGAAUAAGGAUUCUGAGCUGCUUAUCCACGUGUUCCCAUGUAUACCAGAGAGGCCUGGCAUGCCCUGCGCAGGGGAAGACAAGUCCAUAUAUCGACGUGGAGCCAGAAGAUGGAGAAAACUCUAUUGUGCAAAUGGUCACACUUUCCAGGCCAAGAGAUUUAACAGGCGAGCGCACUGCGCCAUCUGCACUGACCGAAUAUGGGGGCUGGGACGUCAGGGCUAUAAAUGCAUCAACUGUAAACUGCUUGUUCAUAAAAAAUGUCACAAGCUUGUUUCCAUUGAAUGUGGCCGACACACAAUAGCGGAACCUGUUAUACCAAUGGAUCCACCAGGCAUGCACUCUGAUCACAGCGAACCAGAACUGCCAUACAGACCAAGAAGCCAAGACAAUCUAGAUCAAGUUGGUGAAGAGAAAGAGGCAAUGAACAGCAGGGAGAGUGGAAAGACCCCGUCUAGCCUGGGACUGCAAGACUUUGACCUUAUGCGGGUCAUUGGAAGAGGCAGCUAUGCUAAAGUUCUGCUUGUCCGGUUAAAGAAAACAGAGAGAAUCUAUGCAAUGAAAGUUGUCAAAAAGGAGCUUGUUAAUGAUGAUGAGGAUAUUGACUGGGUGCAGACAGAGAAGCAUGUGUUCGAGCAGGCCUCAAACCACCCUUUCCUAGUUGGGCUACACUCCUGCUUCCAGACAGAGAGCAGGCUAUUUUUUGUAAUUGAAUAUGUGAAUGGUGGGGAUCUGAUGUUUCACAUGCAGCGCCAAAGGAAGCUUCCCGAGGAGCAUGCAAGGUUUUAUUCUGCAGAAAUCAGUCUGGCAUUAAACUACCUUCACGAGCGUGGUAUUAUUUAUAGAGAUUUAAAGCUAGACAAUGUCUUAUUGGAUUCUGAAGGGCACAUAAAACUUACUGACUACGGCAUGUGUAAGGAGGGGUUGAGGCCUGGAGAUACAACUAGUACAUUCUGUGGCACUCCAAAUUAUAUCGCUCCUGAGAUCCUACGAGGAGAGGAUUAUGGUUUCAGCGUUGAUUGGUGGGCUCUUGGGGUCUUGAUGUUUGAGAUGAUGGCCGGAAGGUCACCUUUUGAUAUCGUUGGAAGCUCAGACAAUCCAGACCAAAACACAGAAGAUUUUCUUUUCCAAGUCAUUCUGGAAAAGCAAAUCCGUAUUCCAAGGUCGCUUUCAGUAAAGGCUGCAAGUGUUUUAAAAAGCUUUCUUAACAAGGAUCCAAAGGAUCGCCUUGGCUGUCACCCUCAGACAGGAUUUGCAGAUAUCCAGGGACAUCAGUUUUUCCGCAAUGUAGACUGGGAUCUUAUGGAGCAAAAACAGGUGGUGCCUCCAUUUAAGCCCAAUAUAUCGGGGGAAUUUGGUUUGGAUAACUUUGAUGCUCAGUUCACUAAUGAACCAGUGCAGCUUACCCCUGAUGAUGAGGAUGUGGUGAGGAAGAUUGACCAGUCAGAGUUUGAAGGCUUUGAAUAUAUCAACCCACUACUGAUGUCUGCUGAAGAAUGUGUAUAAUUUAUAGGACAGCUCCGCAGGACACAUCAGCCUCGGCUGGCUCUGUCUCUCUUCUGCAGGGACAACUACUGUGUGAAUAUUAUCCUGGAAAGCACAAUCUGCAGUAUUGCUGUACCGCUGUGUGCUAAUGUAUAUCAGCUAUUUAAAGCUCUGGAUCGGUAAAAUGGGAUAUGUUUAUUGUACGAACAGAAAAAAAAAAAAAAGA